GCGGCAAAUGAGGCUGGGCGGCGGCCCCUGAGGCGGGCUCCGUCCCGGUGGCGCCGCCGGUCCCGUCGCCGUCCCCGUCCGGGGAGCAUGGUGCCCUAGGGGCCGGGGGCGGCGGGAGGAGGGGCCGGGCCAUGUCGAAGGUGACCCGGACCCUGCUGCAGCGCUGGGGCGCCAGCUUCAGGAGGGGCGCCGACUUCGACUCGUGGGGGCAGCUGGUGGAGGCCAUAGACGAGUAUCAGAUAUUAGCAAGACAUCUUCAGAAAGAGGCCCAGUCUCAGCAUAAUGAUUCUGAAUUUACUGAAGAACAAAAGAAAACCUUAGGAAAAAUUGCCACCUGCUUGGAAUUGCGAAGUGCAGCUUUACAGUCCACACAGUCUCAAGAAGAAUUUAAGCUGGAGGAUCUGAAAAAACUAGAACCAAUCCUAAAGAAUAUUCUUACUUAUAAUAAAGAAUUCCCCUUUGAUGUUCAGCCUGUCCCACUAAGAAAAAUUUUAGCACCUGGUGAAGAGGAGAAUUUGGAAUUUGAGGAAGAUGAAGAAGAAGGUGGAGCUGGAGCAGGGUCUCCAGACUCCUUCCCUGCCAGAGUUCCAGGAGUCACUGAAGGUACUUUAUUACCAAGGUUGCCAUCUGAACCUGGAAUGACGUUACUCACUAUCAAAAUUGAGAAAAUUGGUCUGAAAGAUGCUGGGCAAUGCAUCGAUCCCUAUAUUACAGUUAGUGUAAAGGAUAUGAAUGGCGUAGAUUUAACUCCUGUGCAAGAUACUCCUCUGGCAUCAAGGAAGGAGGAUACGUAUGUGCAUUUUAAUGUUGACAUUGAACUCCAGAAGCAUGUUGAAAAAUUAACCAAAGGUGAGGCACUCCAUUUGGACCCAAGUUCCAAGGCUGUGCACACGUUUCUGAACAUUGUUAAACUUCUAGUAACUUGUGCAGCUAUUUUCUUUGAAUUCAAACACUAUAAGCCCAAGAAAAGGUUUACCAGCACCAAAUGUUUUGCUUUCAUGGAGAUGGAUGAAAUUAAACCAGGGCCAAUUGUAAUAGAACUGUACAAGAAACCCACUGAUUUUAAACGAAAGAAACUGCAGUUGUUGACCAAGAAACCACUUUAUCUUCACCUCCAUCAAACGUUGCACAAGGAAUGAUGCUGACAUGAUUCUCCUGAAAUUUCUGUGAACUGAACCACUCACUAUAAAUCACGGUAGCUCUGUGUAGCACAUUCUUCUUUUAACAGGCAGGAAAAUAGCCACCCUCAUGACCCUUGGUCACAAUGAUGCAGAUCUGGACCUCACCGGUAGAUGUCUCGCCCGUCACCCAAAUAUGAGAUGCUUAGGCUUCCUUUGGACACAGAUUUUACCACGUAAUUUUUGAAAUCUUUUGUGGCAGUAGUGUGAUUUGUCGAGUCUAACUUUUGUAACUUACCACAGUUUCUGUCCUUCCAUUCCCCCCUCAAAAAAAACCAAAACUAUAACAUGGGUGGGAAAUGCCCUUUUCCCAACUUGAAUCAGUAAUAAGAAUGUGCCAUCUGCUUGUUUUUUGGCAUCAGUGCAUUUCCUUAAACAUAGAUUAAUCGUCACCUCUUAAUUAGCAGUGGGAGGAGCUUGGUAGGGGAGAGAUUUUUCACGUAGAUAGAGGCAUCCACAACUGACAGAGGCUGCUGGUCAGAAAUGGCUUUCCACCUGCCACCCCCAGGAAUUUGUCCAUCAGGGGCAGGCUAAAGAAAGGGAGACCACAGUGGAGCCUGGAACUUCUCGGUGUACAUGAGUCCCGAUUGGGGUUUUCCAAAUUGCAUCAACCAUUUCUUUGUAUUCUGAACACCCUAAAUGCCUAGAACAGUACACUAGUGAAAUUGAGAGAUGUCACCUAGAUUAGUAUUCCCAAUCAUCAUGCCAUUGUUCUUCCUGGGCAUGUGUGAAUGGCUGAUAGGAGAAGAGCCUGGAAUUGUUGCAAAAUCAUUUCCAUUUCUGUGAAAAUGCUUAUCAAAAAGUGGCCUAGGUGGCUUCUAAGAUGCCUGGCCUAAAAACAAUCCAACUCAGUUGCCUAGGAUACCCCCUCCGGGUGGGGGGGGGGGUGGUCUGCAGUUUUACUGAAAACUGAUUGUGAGUCUUUGAAAACUUGCAUAGCUCUUACAGUUAUUUUUAUGCAAGGCUGGAAACUUUAAAUUUCUUUUGUGAUAUAGAUAGCUAGGAUUAGUAGUUAUUUUUUAUUCAAAUGUGUUGAGAUUCGUCCAUAUGAAAAGAUGCAGGUCAUUAGCUUAUUAUAAUUUGAAUAAUUACAUUACUUUUGAUUAAUAAUAAAGGGACAUAAAUAGAACCCAGACAGACCUUCCAUAUAUUCAUUAGAUGGGAUAUUUAAUACAGUACUUUAAGGUCUGUGUGAGCUUUAUGUGGAUUAUAUUUAGUACCCAUGUACUUUCAUAUACAUUUUUAUAUACUAGUAAGAAAAUCCAGCAGCAGGGGAUUGCAAUGUCAGCUUCUUUUAUACCCAACAGACCUACCAUUCGUUUGCUUCGUGUAUCAUAUAACACUAACCAGUGACAUAAUUUUUAUAAGAGAGCUCAGUCAAAAUUAUUCAUUCGGGCCUCAUUUGGGAGAUGUAUGUUUUAUUUACACUAGUUUGUUUAGAGCAUUUCUACUAAGUGUUGGAUAAUAGUGUAAUCAAACUGGGCAAGUCUCCCAAUAGUUGGCAACUAAAUUCGAUCAAAUGUCUCUUUUCCCAUCUCUUGAAGUAGGUGGUGAAAAAAUCCCUCAUCUGCACAGUUACAAAGCUGAGCUGCCAAAAUCCAGCCUCACUACUAGUGGAUGAAGGAUUUGCCACAUAAAAUCCAGAGUUGCCACUUUAUAAGCUCCUGCUAACUGGUGGCUUGAUAAAUAUGAUUGAUCGAUUGGCUUUGAGAGCAGUCGUCGGACUCACAGACUGCAAACUCCUUGAGGGCGGAGAUCGAAUCUUCAGCAAAUUAUGUAAACUCCUUAGAGUACUUUGCACAGAACCAUUCACCCUGGGGGUGCUCAAUAAAUAUUAAUGAUGAUGCAUUUUUAUAAGUACACCAAAUCAUCACAAAAAUACCUUCUCAAUUAAAAUGUAACAACCUGUUA